AUGGACAAUACCGACAGAGUUCUUGGUGCAUUGCGCAAUACCUUUCAUCAUGAUCAGUUUAAAAGCAAAUUGCAGGAGGAUGCCAUUCGUUGUAUUGUUGAAGGUUCCCACAAUGCAUUUAUUUCCAUGCCUACCGGCUCCGGCAAGAGCCUUUGCUACCAGUUGCCAGCAGUUCUCCAGGAUGGCUUGUCCAUCAUCAUUUCUCCCCUAAUUGCUCUCAUUUAUGAUCAACUUUCACAUCUCUCUGAAUUAAAAAUCCCUGCUGCAACACUUAAUUCCAAACAAUCUGCGAAGGAGCGAGCAGAUAUUAUGGAAAGGCUGUUGUGUCCAUCUGAGUGUUUAGGACGAUUGACGCUACCCAAAAUUAAGUUGCUGUACAUCACACCUGAACAAUGUGAGACUGAUGGCUUUCGAUCCCUUGCAAAUAAAUUAAUCGAGUUACACUCCGUUAAGUAUUUUUUCGUCGACGAAGCUCAUUGUGUCUCCGAAUGGGGUCAUGAUUUCCGACCUGCCUACCUCAAACUUGGAAAUCUAAGAUCUACCCUGUUUCCCACGGUGCCUUGUAUUGCUCUCACUGCAACGGCUAAUUCACGGGUCAAGGCAGACAUUAUUUCCACCUUGAAAUUGAACCCUGAGGCAUCACAAGAGGAAAGUUGCCUUCUAAUAACAAAAUUCAGAGAAUUUGUUACUGGCGUUUUUCGUUCAAAUUUGUACUACGAUGUAAUGUUCAGUGACUUGAUAAAAACGCCUUAUGAUGACUUAUCCUUAUUCAUUCGUCAAUGUCUUUUUGGUGAAGAUCCAGUCAAGAGCCCAGUGAAAAAUUCGAGUGGUAUUGUUUACUGUCGAACGCGGGAAGAUUGUGAAACGGUUGCCUAUCAGUUGUCUCUCCGAGGCAUACCAUCUCGCGCCUACCAUGCUGGUCUGGGAAGCAAGGAUCGGACUAGGGUUCAAGAGGAGUGGUUUAAAGGAGACUUUUUAGUUGUGGUGGCCACUAUCAGUUUUGGUAUGGGAGUGGAUAACGCUCAUGUCCGGUGUGUUGUGCACUGGACAGUACCGAAGAGUCUAGCCGCCUAUUACCAGGAGUCUGGCAGAGCCGGACGCGAUGGUCUUCCUUCCCAUUGCCGGAUAUACUAUGCUAAGCAGGAGCGUGACACGGUGGCAUUCCUAGUUGGUCAGAUGUCCGAGAGAGCUCUUACACAAAAGAAAAAGGAGCAUCGUGAGAAAGGCGUACAGGACUUGGCACUCAUGAUCAACUACGUGGAGAGUGUAAAGUGUCGUCACGCUCAAUUCGCGGCGUAUUUUGGUGAUGAUAUACCUUCCUGCGUCAACCGCUGCGAUGUUUGUACCAAUCCCACAAAGGUCUCCCAUCUUUUGGCUGGUUAUAGGCGUGUAAUAUAUGGGAGCUUAGUUAAGGGCGUAGCGGUGGAUGAAAAUGAGGAGCUGGACACCGAUCUGUACAGAAUUGGUCCUCGACGGAAAGGCAAAGGUUGGGAAGUCUACGACGUCGACGAAGGACGUUUCGUAGCCAAGGAGGGACGGGACUUUGAGGAGGAGGCUCGGAAUCAGCGCACCAAGUUCGUUCUAGAAGAGCUAUCCCGCCGCAGAAAGGCUGGCGAGGCAGCUGGCUUGGGGGUUCCAUGGAUUUCCGCUGCUGAGGACUCCCUGCUUAUCGAUCCUGAGAGCAAACUGAUCAACGGUUUGACAGGAAAGACUCGAGAUCAGACUCUCCAACUCCUCAUUACCGCUGUGUGUGGUCACCUGACCAGCACCAGUGAUACAGGCUCCGAUGUGGAUCCGGAGAAGUCGCAUCUCAGCAAACUAGCCGCCCAACUAGAGCAUCAAAUUUUCAAAACCUCGAAGGUGGCUGGCGUCUACCGCGGACAUAUGGCGCGUAGGAUCAGUCAGGCCCGUAAAGCCGCCUCUCUAUCUGCUGUCUACGACGCAUUUGCGGAAUGGUUGAAUGUUCCUGUGACCUCUCUUCAUCCCGUUAACUCCAACACCCCCAGUAGUUUCUCCGAAACCUUGACGCUAAAACCUGAAGAGGUCGACGUUAGACCGUCACCGCCCCCACCACUCCUCUCUUCGCCGCCUGCACCGUUGCUGCUGCCCAUUGAAGCAAAGUCGGCUAGUCCGCACCCCGGUUCCUUUCUUCCCAAGCCUCAGUCUUUGAGCAUUGGUGUCAACACUCAGGACAUUCUGGAAUCCACUUGCCUUCCGCCCUCCCUCAAAAAGUCCCUUAUUGGGGACUCAAGCGACAAACCGAAUGAGGAGAAUUUGCCUACUAUUUUGAGGUCUUCCGGGGAAUCGACAAUGACCUACUUCUGGGAGAAAUCAAAACCUACUCCGAGUGCCCAGAAAAGACCACAAAUGGAGGAUCCGGAUGACGACGUAUCGGUAGUGAAAGUGAUUAAAAAGGAGGGGCCCUCCAAAACUUACUUUCUCCUCCAGGACCCUGCUCCACUUCCGUCGCAGUCAUCACAGCCACCGCCACUGUCGGCAUCAUCACAAAACGUGCCUCCACCUCUUGGACUUAUGACGAAGACUGGCACGCCAGUGGUUGAGCCGGUGCCUCCGGCUUUUACUGAUUUCUCACCGUACGAUUACAGGUCCGAGGAAACACGGAUGAAGACCAGUUUCAUCGCCAAUGUUGUGGUCCGUUCGCUCUCUCGCUACUACUCUCUGGGUGCCUUCAAGGACAAGGCUACAUUCAAGGAUGUUGCGCGAGAGUUGACUCGGAGGCUUGUCAAGAGUGGCAUUUCGGAUGACGAAGUCCAGAGGGAGAUAUCUCGGAUAACGAAUCGACUCGUGGCACCCCAUCGACGAUUGUCGGGUGAUUCGCGGACAAGGCGACCCGUACCCAUUUCCCGUCUUGACGAUCUUGCCUGGACGGAGGCUCUGAGUGAUAUCAGGACCAACAGAGUUCAGUCCAUUUAA